CGUGUUCCUCGUUUCUUCCUCUUUGGAUCAUUUCCACGUUUACGCUUAGUCGCUUCAUCCCUCCUCUUUCUCCUCCAUUGAAGCGUACUCUGAGAUCGCCAUUAAAGCGUACUCUGAGGUCUCCAUUGAAGCGGCUUGUGAGCUUUAUCUGCUCCAUUGAAACAGUUUCCGACAAUCAGUUGAGAUUGUAUUUCGAAGAUGAAUCAGAAAGGAUUGAUUUACAGCUUUGUAGCGAAGGGAACGGUGGUUCUAGCCGAACAUACUUCGUAUUCUGGGAACUUUAGCACCAUAGCUGUCCAAUGUUUGCAGAAAUUGCCUUCAACCGGCAACAAGUACACUUACACGUGUGAUGGCCAUACAUUCAACUUUCUCAUUGACAAUGAAUUUGUGUUUCUUGUGGUUGCCGAUGAGGGUGUUGGAAGGAGUCUUCCUUUUGUUUUCCUGGAGCGGGUGAAGGAUGAUUUCAAACAGAAGUAUGCUGGAAGUAUUAAAACUGGUGAUGCUCACCCCCUCGCUGAUGAAAAUGAUUCUGAUGAUGAUUUGUUUGAAGAUCGAUUCAGUAUUGCUUACAACCUUGACCGGGAAUUUGGGCCUAGGCUUAAGGAGCACAUGCAAUAUUGCAUGAACCAUCCUGAGGAAAUGAGUAGGCUUUCCAAGGUGAAGGCUCAAAUUUCAGAGGUCAAAGGAAUAAUGAUGGAUAAUAUUGAGAAGGUUCUGGAUCGUGGGGAGAAGAUUGAACUCCUUGUGGAUAAGACCGAAAAUCUUCAGUUUCAGGCUGAUAGCUUCCAGAGGCAGGGCAGGCAGUUGCGGCGGAAGAUGUGGUUUCAGAACGUUCAACUGAAAUUAAUCGUUGGAGGUUCCAUUAUUGCCUUUAUCCUCAUAGUGUGGGUGGUAGCAUGCCGAGGGUUCAAAUGUUGAUACUUGACUAUUUGGGGAGCAAAUCAAGACUGGAUCCUAAACUCCACAGUUGCAGUCUCGUAGUUACCUUAUUUGACCUUUUUUCUCUCCUUGUACAAAACUUAAAGAAAAAUUGACAAUAGAAAGGGGUCAUGAACUUGUGUAUUCUGUAAAUGAAGUAAUGUGUUGACUGCUGAAAUGUAUUGUUCUGAUGUUUACCGUAAGUUUUUAGAAGACGUUACUAUCUGAUGUUUACCGUAAGGUUUUAGAAGACGUUACUAUCUGAUGUAUUUUUAAUUUGUAAUGUCUAUGGUAGCAAAUCUUGAAUACAUUGACAAAUAAGAAGGAUGAGCCAUUUACUCA